UUUUGAGUGUGCAGGACAGCUUGCAAGCUGCAACCAGAUUCCAGAUUCUGCUUCUCUUUACUGUGGUCCUGAUGCGCUUGAAUCCCCCCAGGGUGAGGUGCGCACUGCCUGUCAAGCAGGGGCUUCAGCUGCCACACCCCCUGGUGUGUGGAAAGAGGCAGCGGUCCAUGGUUCCACUGCAGGAGCCAGGAGAUUGGCAGCGGUGCAGCUGUCAGCGGGCCCUGAGCAGCUUGCUCCCUCCUUCCCCCACAUUCAGCCAGAGCUCAGCCCUGUCCUAAGAGAGUGGCCCUGGAAGCCCAGCAAGGGGACUGGGGUGACCCAGGGAGGGACUGUCUCCCUCCCCAGCUGAGUGUAAGGUUGGCAGUGACCUGAGGCCAGUGAGCUGAGUGUGCGGUCCAUCUGGUCCUGGAAAGUCUGAAGGGCAGAGCUCCACAGCAGUGGAGGACCUGCUGGACCAAAUGAAGGAUGGGAGGCUGGCAGGGGCCGGGGUGCUUUGCUGCAGAAACCGUGCAAGUCACCUGUGGUUUUCCUGGAGCCCGGUCUCUGUGACAGUUUUGCUCUAGCCUCUGAGUGCUGUGAUUUCAGGUGUAUGUCCCCCCUGCCUGGCUCAAGUGUGUUAACACCCUACACACCGAGGACAAGGUACACAUGAAAUCCAUGGCGCGGAUGGCGUCUGGGCGGCCAGAGGAACUGUGGGAGGCCGUUGUGGGGGCUGCCGAGCGCUUCCGGGCCCGCACUGGCACAGAGCUGGUGUUGCUGACUGCAGCGCCACCACCACCACCCCGCCCAGGGCCCUGUGCCUAUGCAGCCCAUGGCCGCGGGGCCCUGGCAGAGGCUGCACGCCGCUGCCUCCACGACAUCGCUCAGGCACACAGGGCUGCCACCGCCACCCGACCUGGUCCCCCACCAGCACCACAGCCGCCCAGCCCUGCUCCUAGCCCUCCGCCUCGGCCAGCCCUGGCCAGGGAGGAUGAUGAGGAAGAUGAGGACGAGCCCACUGAAACAGAGACUUCUGGGGAGCGGCUGGGCGGUAGUGAUAAUGGAGGACUCUUCAUGAUGGAUGAGGACGCCACUCUCCAAGACCUGCCCCCCUUCUGCGAGUCAGACCCGGAGAGCACAGAUGACGGCAGCCUGAGUGAGGAGACCCCCGCCGGUCCCCCAGCCUGCCCCAAGCCCCUGGCCGCAGCCCUGCCCACCCAGCAAUACGCCAAGUCCCUGCCUGUGUCGGUGCCAGUGUGGGCCUUCAAGGAGAAGAGGGCGGAGGCGCGAUCUUCAGAUGAGGAGAACGGCCCGCCCUCCUCGCCCGACCUGGACCGGAUCGCCGCUAGUAUGCGGGCACUGGUGCUGCGGGAGGCCGAAGACACCCAGGUCUUCGGGGACCUGCCGCGGCCGCGACUCAACACCAGCGACUUCCAGAAGCUGAAGCGGAAAUACUGAGUGGGCAGCACGCCCAGCGGGCUGAGGCCGGCGGAAGGCCACUGUCGCCGUUGGUCUAUAAGCCAUGAGCCUUCUCCGCCCAGCAACAGGACGAUUCUUUGCGGGAUUGGCUCGCUCCGGUUUGGAGCUGGGCUAGUUCUAAAACGCUCAGUGGGUCAACUCCGUCUCUUGCCUAGCAACAGAAGCUUUACCCGCGCAUCCUUGGCUCGCUGCCCAAGCACCAGAGCCCAUCUGCGGGACCAGGCGAUGGCUCCGCCCAUGUCCGGAGAGUCGCCCGUACCCCUUCUCGAACCCCCCACCCGAUUGGCCCUGGCCUCCUGGGGGCGUGGUCAAGCCCUCCCGAACCCAGAAUUGGCCUGAGGUCUUGAGUUUGUUACACUACUAGGGCUGGGUUUUUUUUUGUUUGUUUGUUUGUUUGUUUUGGCCCGAAUCCUGACACUUGUAUCCGGUACCCCACUGGAUGGUCCUGUCCGCUCUGCGUCUGAUGCCCCCUUAAGUUUCUCCCCACGACAGUCUGUCCAUCAAAAUCUGUCCUAUACACAGGGCGGUACCAGCUUCCUGUGUCCUGUCCCCACAUCCCCCGACCCCAACAGGUGCCUUAAAGGGCCCUCUUCCACCCAAGGUAGGGGGCCUCACUCUCCGGCCCUGGCCCUGGGUGCGGGAGAGUAGGGUGGGGGCCGGGGGUCGGGAGGGAUGCUCUGAAAUUAAAGUUUUACCUCUGGCUA